AGCCGGCCAGAGUUCUCCCAGCCGUGGCUAUAGUCGCCGGAAGGGACAGGGCUAUGUUAAUCUUGGCAGCGCGCCCACCGUCUUCGUUGCUGAGAGUUUCGAUGGCCCUAGGCAGCAGCGCUGAGUGGUGACCGCGGGAAUGGGGGAGUGAUGUGGGUCGCGCUUGUAUGAAGAAUUUCUGGCAACCAGGUUCGUGGUGUUUUAUUAGGUGCUGCGUGAUGUUUCACGGCGGAGCUGCGGAGGCCCCGUGGUUCCGAUGGAUUCCAAGUCUUGAGGCGAAGUUCGGCGAGCAUCCGUUCACUAUCGACCUGUCCCUGAACCACUUGAAGGUGGAGGACGUCGACGUUCUUGUGCCGUGGCUGAAGAAGUAUUUAGGGCUUCGCAUCGUCAUCAAUCACAACGAUUUCAAUCUUCCUGAGCUUUGGAAUCACUUUGAACGGAAAGACGAUGCCUUUCAGCUCAUUCGGUUGCUCACGACGGGGCGUCUCCAUUUCAGCUCUACGCUUCUGCACCUGCUGACGGAGUCGGUUUUUCUCAAGCAGAUGGAGAAGAUCAAGACAGUAUCCGACAAAACAGAAAAACUUCAAAACUGGCAAAAAAUGGCAAGCUUCGCUGUUGAAGACGAGGUCAACUGCCUCAUCCGCAACUACUACGAGGCGCUGGGAUACGCAGUCGCUCCAUUGGCUCCCGGGGCCCGCUCUGCUGGUCUUGCGAUGCUUUCUCCGAAGAUUCCUGUGAAAGGGAAGCCCGUGCAGCACCUCUACUCGUUCGAUGCAGCUUAUCAACUCGCGAAGGAGGACGAGGAGCUUGUGGUGCUUGGUGAGGUCAAGCACUCACUGGACACGCGGGAUGUGCAGGAUUUUUGGAAGAAAGUGUCCUUGUUCGAGAAGCGGUUGAAAAGAAUCCAAGAGGGCACACUGCCCAUGGGUUCACCAGCCUUCAACGCGCAAAACAAUGCACUCAAGCGGUAUCUGGGUGCGCGUAUCAAGGCCUUCGUAGGUACCGUGCACGUGCAGCCUGCUGCUUUGGCUGCAGCUGCCAAAGCGGGGUACGAUGUUGUGCUGCCGGGCGGGGCCAGGUUCGAGCUGAAGACUGCCGAUGAGGCUCAAGAGAUGGCGAAGUUGUGGUCCGCUACCGCCCCAAGCUAUUUGCAGGCCGAAGAGGACGAAUGCUAGUAUGCAAUCCUGUCGUGAGGUUGCAAGUUGGAAAAACAGCCUAUAUCAAUUUGUAUUCUUAGGAAGCGUUUGUCCCCGACCAAUCUACGGGUCCACAUGUGUAGCUCAGCGACCCUACUGUGCAAUCGAGCUAUGAACCGAUGCCCACCUCGCGCCUUUGGGCCUAGCUCCGAUAAUAAAAGCCCGUAUGCAGGAGAGCGCGUUGAGAUCCGUAGUUCGGCUGACCCAGUGGUCGUCUCCUACCAUGCCUUCGAGCCCACCCAGCGACGCAUCUUCUGGAUAAAUGUCUUCUUCUGCAACGGUAGGCUCUGCAGUGGUAGGUUGGUCGUGCUGCCUUUGGGGGCGGAGCGGCAUUUGCGGGUCGCGGUUUGCAGCAGUGGCACUUCUGCGUACACCGUGCUCCCUAAUAAGCCUAGCACGCUUACGUUUGGUUCCAAAUUAAUAAAUUUGGAAGAUUGGUACUCAUUGCAUGCUCAGCUUCCUCUUAAUUGGACAUAGUC